AUGGUGCUGCAAUCGCUGCCGAGUUCGGGGGUGGCCUUCCGCAAGAUCCUGUCAUACUUCCCCGAGGAGCUGAGCCUCGCUUUCGCCUAUGGCUCCGGGGUGUACCGCCAGGCGGGGCCCAAUGCAAACCAGAAGAAUCCCAUGUUGGACCUUGUGUUCACAGUAGAUGACCCUGUUGGAUGGCACUCAAAGAACUUGAAGAAAAAUUGGAGCCAUUAUUCUUUCCUAAAAGUUUUGGGACCCAGGGUUAUCACAGCUGUCCAGAAUAACUUUGGUGCUGGAGUUUAUUACAAUCCAUUGAUAAAGGUUGAUGGUAGGCUUAUCAAGUAUGGGGUUAUUAGCACUAGUAUUCUGAUUGAGGAUCUCCUUACCUGGAAUAACCUGUAUAUUGCUGGACGACUCCAAAAACCGGUGAAAAUCGUAGCAAUGAAUGAAAAUGCCGCUCUUCGGGCUGCCCUCGAUAAAAAUCUGAAGAGCGCUGUGAACGCUGCUUUGCUUAUGCUCCCCGAAAGCUUUUCAGAAGAAGAGCUCUUUAUAGAGAUUGCCGGACUCUCCUAUUCAGGCGACUUUCGGAUGGUGGUUGGAGAGGAUAAGAAAAAGGUGUUGAAUAUUGUGAAGCCCAACGUGGUUCACUUCCGUGGGCUCUAUGGCAGCAUACUACAGGAGAAUCCCCAAGUGGUCUAUAAAACACAUCAAGGCAGACUAGAGCUAGAUAAAAGCCCAGAAGGACAAUUUACUCAGCUAAUGGCAUUACCCAAAACCUUACAGCGACAAAUAAAUCAUAUUAUGGACCCUCCAGGAAAAAACAGGGAUGUGGAAGAAACUCUAUUCCAACUUGCUAAUGACCCUGACUGUGCAGAGGUGGUGCGUCUAGGCAUCUCAGCAAUUGUGAGACCCUCCAGUGUGAGACAGAGCACCAAGGGCAUUUUUACUGCUGGCAUGAAGAAAUCAAUGAUGUAUAGUUCAUUAAAACUACACAAAAUGUGGAGAGGAUGGCUGAGGAAAACCUAAUUUUGCUUGCUUUUGUAUAUGUUAUAUAGAGAUGAAUAAAGUAUUUCACCCUUUUUGACAGAA